UACCUAGCGAAACUAUUGACUUUGGCCUGCGUACACCGCGGCGGUGUACCUAGCUAAAUCAUGGUCUGUGGCCUGCGUACACCGCAGCGAUUUAAAGUAGCAAAACUAUGGUCUUUGCGAGUCUUUAACUUUUUUGGCCUAACCAGUACUUGUAGAUUUAAUGUUAUACUAGUGUUAAAACUGAAAACUAUUUAUUUAAAAUUCGUUUAUUACCUUGGGAAGAUAUUGAGUAAGUUCCACGCUUAUGUGGCAAAGUGCAUGUAAAGCAUUUCUUCUUAUUUUUGGAAGGGAGGGGGCUGGGGGUGUAAUGUUAAACCAUGAUUUAUUUUUAAAGUUAACCACUUUAUUCCCCCUCCCCCAAUAUAUUGAAAUACAAAUAUAUUUAUUAAUUGUAAGUUUUAUCAUAUGAUUGUGAAUCUUAAUUUAAAAUUAUUCUCUCAUGCCCACCCCCACCCAGUUGUUUGUUUGUUUGUUUGUUUGUUUGUUUUUUGUUGUUUUUUUUUGGGGGGGGGGGGCAUUAUAAAUAUAACAUUGUAUGUGAUUCCUCGGGCAUGGUGUAAAAACAAAUGGGAAGACAGUGAAUCUAUUUUGUUAGCACUAAGAUAUAAUUACGCCACAAAUAAACUACGGGAAGAGAAUCACAUACUCAUACAUUGAUCAUGAAGUCGUGAAGUUAAAGUUGUCCGAGGCAUUGUCAUUGUGAUACCAAGCGCGUGUCAACACAAAACAGCAGUAAGAUGAUAAAUACGAUACUACGGGAAGAGAAUCACAUACUCAUACAUUGAUCAUGAAGUCGUGAAGUUAAAGUUGUCCGAGGCAUUGUCAUUGUGAUACCAAGCGCGUGUCAACACAAAACAGCAGUAAGAUGAUAAAUACGAAACACUGCAGUUAUUUGAAAGUCUUUUAACAAUAAUUAAAUAUCAUUGAUUUAGUUUUACAUUGGCAUUACACAUUAGUAAAAAAAAUGCUGGCAGAGGGAGAGGGGAUGCAAAAGGUAAGUUUGUUGUGAGGACGUCCUUUGUGGACAACCCCUAUCCUGAGCCGUGAUUUGUGAACGCCCCCUUUUUGGUUAAGCCUCUGCCCAUAACUCACCACCAUCCCCCACUCCCCGGCAAGGAUCGAUUUCUUUAAAAAAAACAACAACAACAAAUACAAAAACUUUGACAUAGCGCAAAUCCUGCCCCAAGCCGGCCAUUGUGCAAUGGUUUCUAUGAGAAAACGUCGCGUUUUACCCUGAGAAUAGCACAUGCCAUGCCAUUCUGGAAACAAAUUCCGUAAUGAAAAGGGUAAACGCAGACCUGUGGCUUUGCUAUACAGUUUGCUAGCACUCCGCAAGUUUCUAAAAUCGAGGUGUUUUCAAAAUAUUUCCUGUGAGACUGAGUGUUGUGAAUGAACCUUUGAUAUCGUAUGUACAUUUUGCCAAUGCAUAAGGCAUAGUGAAAGCAAGAUGGUUGAAAUACGACCAUGCACAUUAAUGACAUUAAUAUUCAUAUGCAUGAAUAUUAUUCAUACUGGUAUUUUCUUUGGGUGUUCGUAAAAGUAAAAUGUAAAUAUUCAACUACACGAAGAAUGUUGAAAUACAAUAGAAUAUCAGUCACUUAGUAUUCAUAAUAUUUCUGUUANGAAAUACGACCAUGCACAUUAAUGACAUUAAUAUUCAUAUGCAUGAAUAUUAUUCAUACUGGUAUUUUCUUUGGGUGUUCGUAAAAGUAAAAUGUAAAUAUUCAACUACACGAAGAAUGUUGAAAUACAAUAGAAUAUCAGUCACUUAGUAUUCAUAAUAUUUCUGUUAAACACUUAUAUAUAUAAAUAAAUAUAUAAAGUGUUUCUAAUAUAAUAUUUAAACAUAUAUUUAAAUUGUUUAAAUUUGCUACAAAAUAUUUUAAUGGGAGGAAAAAAACUCGAUCCCCUACUGAGAAUUGAUCUCAAACUAUAUUAUCGCCAAGCGUCCACUCUACCACUUGACCACACAAGAUCUUCUCUAACCAGAAUAUCUUAAAACCAGGCCAAUGGUAAAUUUUUGCCGCGGUGUACCCAGGCCAAAGCCCACGAUUUCACUAGGUACACCGCCGCGGUUUACGCAGGCCAAAGCCGAUGGUUUCGCUAGGUACACCGCCGCGGUGUACGCAUCCACUUCGAUAAACUAAACUUUCAGUAAGGAAAGUCUUAAAGUUAAAUUGUAAAAUGGGAGGUGUAUGAGUAUCAGUAUUUAUAUAUUAAUUAAUUAUAAUAAUUAUUAAUAUUAAUAUUAUUUUUGAUUAAAUUUACCCCAGGCAGCUAAAGUUAACUAACACUAAAUUGUACAGCACUAACUUUUGUGGUAAUCUACCAUUUAUUUGAGCGUUAUAGUCGUCGUUUAUGAAAAAAAAUCAUUUCAAAUUUUCAAUCAUAAUUUCAUCAUCGUGUUGUUCUGAUUUGAAGUGCCAUUUUAACAGUUAUUGUCUUACUAAGAAGAUACAAUUCUUUUAUUGAUCCAAGUAAAUGGAAAUGUUUUUUAUGCCAUUGUAAAUAUUCAUUUCAGCACAUAUAAAAGAUGCAAAACAUUUUUAAAAAUAGAAAAUUUAAACAAUUUAAUAUUUUUUUAAAAAAGAAAAUGAUUGUGGGACAUGAGCUCAUGCAAAUUUAAAUAUCACUGCUAUCUUUUUAUUUCAGAGUUUAGUUGAGUUAUAAAUUAAAAAUAAAAUUCAAUAUUCCAAAAAGUCAAUAGGUCUAUUUAAGUAUUUAUAAGUCUAUUUGAAUUUGGUUAGAAUAUUCAAUAGUCAAUAACCUCCUAUAAACACAAUCGCCCCCAAAAAAUAGUUUAAAUGAUCUGUCAAAUACUUAAAACUUGUACCAGUGUCAAAUUUGUCUUUGUAAAAAUUUCAAGCAAUUGUCCUUUCCCACUUUAGGUCACUUAAAACCUUUUACUAACAACAUUCCACAAUGUGUCUUUAUCAUACUUAUACUGCUUGUUAGGCAUGGUGGAAUGGCUGAGAAAAUCCUCUAUUUUUAGAUAGUCAAACCAUAAUCAUUUCUAACUCUAAGAAAGGAGUGGAAAAAUGAGAAGUACAUCACUGACUCUGUUGAAAAAUAUGUUUAUACACCUUAUAUGUCAUUGUUCAUCAUCAAAUUGUAAAGUCUAUACAAUAAUGUCAAUUUCAUUUGACAUCUAUAAAUAGUAAAAGAUAUACCUAUAAAAAUUGGCAAUAAGUUCAAGUUAACCCUAGACUGAAAUGCAAUGCGGCUGUUUACCAUAAGACACCAUUUUCUGUCAGCAAUAGUAUGUUACUAUACCACUUCAUCAAGUUUACAUUGGAUUUUCAACGACUGCUCUUUUCAUGAUUAUUAAUUUGUUCAAUAACAUAUCUAAGGUAAAUAUGGAUGUAAUAUAUUACUCUUUUGACUUUUGAGUUUGAAAUUGUUAAAAUUAUGUUAGUAAUAGUAACUGUUUUGAAAAUACAAUCAAAUUCAAGCAUAUCCUUUUCAGUUCUUAAAAAGUAAUUCACCGUCAUUGCAAUUUUGGCUGAUGAAAUCAAAUAACAGUAACAAAAUCAACUAAAUUUUAAAGUGAACUAAAUUAUUAACUAUAAAUUGACAUCCAAAAUUUAAAUAAAUAGAUUAUAGCUAUUUUAAUAUUUAAUUAUUUGCAUGUUACAAAAUUAAGCGUAGGGCUAAGAAUAAUUGAAUUUUUAUAAAUGUAUUUAGUAAAGCUAGUUAGACUUCUCCGUCUUGAUCAAUGGCAGUGGCAUAGUGAGGGGGGUGCGGACCGCACCGGGUGACACCAUUUUAGGGGUGACACCCGAUUGAAAAAUUGCAUAUUUACAGAGCUCGGUCUAGCCUAGAAUCAUAAAAGGAUAACAGAUCACGCAUACAUUUUUCACAAAUGUAACCAAUCCAAAUGCAUGGUUUAUUAAAAGUUCAAGGUUCAUGCGUCAGAAAUGAGAUGACCCUAUGUUUAGGUCAGAAACACAGUCAUUAUUCCACUACGAUUGAAAUGUUCUGUAACUUGCGUAAGCGACAGGAUGCUAUAUUUAUCUGAAUUCUGAGAAUUUGGGCUUUACAUUGAUACCAAAUACGAUUAUGUCGGUAAAAAUAAAACGCAUUGAAAAUGAAUUUUUACCCAUUUAUGGGGUUUAAAAAUAUAUUAUUUUUACAUAAUUUUCAAUCUUUUAAUGAUUAAUUCUUAUUUAUUUAAAUUUAAAUUAAACAAAGUUUUUUGAAGACAUAUAUAAUAUUAUAAAUCGAAACCCAGAAAUACUAAAAAAUUAAUAUUUUCCCCGAUUCGUCACUAGUAUGGCCCCUUAACAUAUGCUGGAUGUCACAUUGUUUCUUGCAAAUCAAAAUCUGGCAUUUCGUGGCAACAACGAAGAUGAAUCUUCACUGAAACUUUCUAGAAAUAGUUGAGAUACUAUCUAAAUAUGACCCAGUGAUAAAAGAGCACUGAAUGAGACUAAAGAGGAGUACAUCUACAGAAAAAAACCAUUCUUAUCUUGCCUUUCACCAGAAACCCAAAAUGAAUUUAUAAAUGUCCUUACAAAUCAUGUGAAGGAGAUUCUAUCAUGGAUAUAAAAGCUGUGAGGUAUUUUGAAAUUAUGUUCAAAAGUACACCUGAUAUAUCACACAGUGACCAGAUGUCUAAAGUGAUCAGUGAUGGGAAAAUCCACAAUGGGAAAGUUGAAGUGAGAGAAGUGUUUCUUACAUUUUUCCUGUUAAGAGGGAAAAAGCUGAUGACCUCAGUUCUAACAUUCUUACAAAUCUAGAACGUGAUGGACUAGACAUAAUGAUGUUCAGAGCUCAAGGUUACGAUAAUGCUGCCAAAAUGUUUUGAAUCCAUGGAGGUGUUCAAGCCACUCUGAAAAGAAAUAAUAAGAAAACGAUUUUUAAUCAAUGUGUGUACCAUUCGCUUAAAAUGUGUGGUCAACACUCUUUUGCCGAAAAUGCUUCAUGUUUUACAUUUUUCGGUACUCUUUAAAGAAUAUUUUCCUUCUUUGCUGCAUCCACUAAUUGAUGGAAUUUUCUAAUUUAACACACUGGAAUGUCGUUGAAAAGACUGUCAACAACGCGUUGGAAUGCUCAUCAUUUCACUGUUAAAACAGUGAACGAUUCAAGUUUGAUGAAUGUGUAGCGGUGAUUCAAAAUUUUGAUACAAGAAGUACAGCACAAGGUCUUUUGCAUGCUGUCUGUGAUUUCACGUUUAUCUGCUAUCAUUACCCUUGGGCUGAUCUACUUGAGGAAGUUAAUCUUACACAGCAGUAUCUGCAAACUAAAGGCUUCACUCUUGACAAAGUGGUGACAAACCUAGAGGUCUUCAGAUUCUUUCUGCACGACAAGCUCUGUCACUUGGGGGAACAUGCUAUCGAAAAGGCACUUUUAAAAUCAGACUAAAUAUUGAAUAUCGGUAGAGAGAAGAUUAAGGUUUAAAAAGGGAAUGGCAGGAAAACAAUUAAUAGAUGCUGGACUCUCUCUGCGAGAAGAAAACUGUAGGGAGAAGCUUUCAUUCUGAACUCCAGAUCAGAUCAUCAGCAAUCAAGGAAGUAGCAGAUAUUCUUGGGGCUGUUCAACCCGAGAGUCUAGUAUCAGCAAGUGAAGAAGAGUUAUUGGUGUCCGUUCCAAAAAUAACUUAUUUCUAUGAUGAUUUAUCAGAGAAAUGAACUUUUAAAAGAAAUACCAAGGCUUAGAAAACCUCUGAAGGCAGCUUAUAUUGAAUUUCACAAAAUCAUGGACUGGUCAGUAUUUGAUGUUUUGAAAUUCAUAUCUGAAUGGGACUUUCUUGAAUUUCUUCCAAUGCUCUCGCUAGGCCUUAUGAGCGGAGCUUUUAAAAACUAAGGCUUAUCAAUAAAUAUUUAUGAUCCACCCUGGGACAGUCUAGGCUUUCUGAUGUGGCUCUGCUAUUAAUUGAAAGUGAUACAGUGAAGGACAUUGAUUUUCUUCUUCUUCUUCUAUAUCUUAAGGGCCCACGAUCAAUUUAUUGAUCAUUUUGGCUCCUAUGCAUGUAGAUGGGAUUUGCAAUGUUUCUGUUACUGGUGGUGAUGAGGAAAUUAUGCACUAGGGGUUUGAAGGCUUGAGGCAAUAGACACAAAUGUGUCUAGUGUUGUCGCCUCAACUGUUCCUUCAAGUGAUCAAGUGAUUGACAGGUUUGCAACUUUGAAGACAAAGAAAAGCAACAUUUUAAAUAAAGUAAAUUUAAUGUAAAAAAACCCCACUAUAACUUAACGUUGUUACAGUUUUUAAAUACAUUGACCUCAUGACCUUCAAUUUAUGUUUUUUUGUUCUUGUCAUUAUUAAAAUGUGGACUUUUUUUAAAAAGGAGAAAUCCAUCAUGGAAGAUUUAUUAUUUUUUUUUUUGUGGGGGGGGGGGUGACACCAUGAGUUUACCGCACCAAGUGGCACCAACCCUAGCUACGCCACUGAUCAAUGGGCCCACCAGAAAUAACCAAAUUAGUACAUUUAUUACUUUGAUCACUUAAGACACUUAAGUUAAAUUGUUUUGAUUUCUUUGCAGUGAAAUGGCACCAAAAAACAGGCCUAAAUUCUCCAAGCAAAAAGUACAAUUGCUAGUAAAAAAACUAAGUACUGGCAAAGGCAAGACAGCUAUAAUAGCUGUUUUUAAAAUUUAAUUUUGGCAGUGUUGGGAUUCAGGAAUUUUUAGGAAAAUAUUGGGUUCCCCUUUAGCAGCCUCUCCUUGCAGAAAAAUAAAAGGAGAGACAUGAAUUGAAUUUUAAACACAGAGAGAAAAAAAAUAAAGCUUAGAAGGAAAGAGAUAACAACAGCAGCCAGCAUUAUGCUCAACUGGAGUAUUUCACAUUAGGAGGGGUGGGGGUAGAUAAAUAUUGAUAUUUUUUCAACUGAUUGAUUUUUAAACAUUUUUUCUUUGAAUACUUUGAAGUAGCCUAAUUGCAAGGGGCACAGGCAGGCUUGCAAAACAUACGGCCCGCAGGCCGCAUGUGGCCCGCCAGCACCUGCUUGUUUAACUCAAUUCCACUAGGCGCUGGAUGUGAGUAGUUAAUAUUGUAUAUGUAAUGAAUACAAUAAAUUAACAUAUAGUAUAUAUAUAAUGAAUACAAUGUUAUUUAUUUACUAUUAAGAUACGGUACCUUAUUGUACGAUUUUGAGACAUUAUGCAAAGUUUCAUUGAAUUCCUUUAGUUUUUGAGAUAUGGUAAGACAUUUCUGCCUGUAUAAAAUUAUUUAUUUUUACCAAUAUUUUCCAUUCAAAAGCAUUUUAAAAAUAAAAUAAAACAUUUAUUUAUCCAUAUUUCUAUUUGUGUUUUUGUAUUGCUUUCUGUUUAAUGAGAAUCCCCCCCCCCGAACUUAAUCAUGGUGUUAAAAGAUAUUUAUGAGAAUUGUGUGGUUAAAAUUUUGAAUAAUCCAAUUAAACUUGGCACCGGCUACGCCAAGCAUUUUCUAAUUGUACAUGAACAUGAAGAGGAGAUGAAAUGGUCUGUAGCACAAAUAUCCUGAUGAAUAUGCUAUUAAUGAAACUGGCAAACUUGUUCUUUGUGUUACAAACAUUGCAUACAAUACAGAUAUACACUUGACAAAGAAUUAAAAACCUUUAAUAUGAUGGCAUUCCAUACCAUGAACCAGCAAAAGACAAAGAGCCAGUACCAUAUGUCAUAAACCAGUGGUCAGCAAUCUGCAGCUCCGGAACACUUUUAAGGAAUGGUUGCAGCUCUUUUUGAUUAAUUUGUGCUAAAAUUCAUGUGGCUCCUAAAACUAUUUGUUUAGCAGUUAGCAGACAUAUAUUUAUAAAAAUGGCUCCUCACUCAAAAAUGGUUGCUGACCCUUGCCUUAAACUAAUGGAAAAUGCAAUGUCAUUUGUGUGGUCCACAGAAAAUCAAAGCAAGGAUCACCAAAGAAAAUAAAUCAUUUGGAAUGCUAACAUCCAUUUUGGAAGUCAUGUUUGGAGUGUCCUCUUGAGUUCUGAGAACAUUAGCACAUUAGAAUAGUAGGUGGGAAUUUGUUAGACCAAUCCAUAUAAAGAAUCUUCUCACCAAAACCAAUAUGGAAGAACUGUUAUACUAAUCACAAGUGACAACUAUUUCAGGCAUGCUCCUGGAGAUUGUUUGGUCAUUUUCAAGAAUCCAAUCCAUGCUCAUUUCACAGAAACAGUAUCGAGAUUCUCAGUGAAAUUGGUCCUAAAUUAAUCCUGCAGACAUCCUUAAAAGAUGCAGCAUAAAUACAUAAGUGGUACUUGGCAAUUGCCACAUUUGGGCUGAUAAUUGAAAUAAUAUGAAGACCUUGCAAUUAAAUAUGCAGCCUAACUGAAGUGGCCAAAUUUUAAGCCAGUGCAAAUUAUUAAGAUCUUUAAUUUUUAACAGCAUUAAACUUAACAAUUUACAUUUAGACUUGGUUGAAUGCAAAUAAUUGUAAAAUGUGGAAAAGCAGAAAUUUAAUAAGAAUAUUAUUUAAAAAACACCUUUAUCUUCAAUUGCUUAUAAAAUUGAUUAGUAAUAAGAUUUGUUUGGACUGUAAGAUGUACUUAUGUUGCUUUUACUAGGUGCAUCAAUGAUCUUUUAACUGCAGAUAUUGAUAUAUUAGGCCACUUAUGUUAUUGUCUGCCCUCUUAAAUAGACAUGUUGUUUACCAUUAUCCAGUAAUUAGAUAAUAAUGAUUAUAUAAUAAUGUCAAUAAAUUUUUUUUUGUCUCCAGGAUAUACCCAGUUUGCUGCUUUUUCUGCAUUCACUUUAGUCUCUUGGGGAUUUUUUAUAAAAUAUAAAGAUAAUAGAAGGUAAUUUGUAGUCAUUUAAUAUUUAGCUUGUUUGGGAAUCAUGAAAAUAAACAAAGACAGAUCCAAAACAAGUUUUGAUGCACACAAUUAAUUUUCAUAUAAAUUACACACAUUUUGUGUUUGAUAAAUGUAAAGUCCAACCACUUUUCAACCUUAGAGGGAUUUAAAUCUAAAUUCUGACAGCUCAUUCUUUUCAAGUACGGUACAACCUGAAGAAGAUUUUGGCCUAAAUUUAGUUUUUGUUGUUUAUGAGAAAUAUUUAUUUAUAAAUAACUGUGAUGAUACUCUGUACAGUAAAUGAGUGCUUUUGCAUUUAUGUAUCUGUUAAAAGAUUACCAUCUUGACAGUUCUGUAACAGAAUUACAUUAAUUAAUUUAUUAUACUUAAUUAAAUUUAAAUUUUAAAUGAAAAUAAAAGACUUAAUAUAAGAAAGCGUGUGAAUAGAAAAAUAAAUAAUUUCAGUAUUUUGAAUGAAUCCUUUAUGUGCCACUUCUUUAAAGUAAAUUUUGAUGUUGGUAAUGUUAAUAUAAUCUUUUAAUUUUUACAGUUUGCAGCAAUUAGAAAUGAAAGAUGCAAGAAUAGCAAUAGAACCAUUUAUUUUUGCUGAAAAGGACAGAGCGUAAGCAUUGAUAUUAGCAAUCAAUUACUUAAUUUUUCUUAAUUAUUAUUAUUAUUCUUAAUCCUCUUGAGAUAAAGCCUUUUUGGACUAUGGGUGCCAAGAAGACAGAGACCUUUUCCCAAGCCCAGCACUUACACUUACAUUGCAAAAAAGACGUAUAGAAAAUAAAUUAAUUACUUAACAAAUAUAAAACUGUAUACUUGGUAUAUUAAACAUGUCUUACUUGGAGAAUUUUGAGAUUCAAUGUGGAAAAACUCCAUAAUAAAUUCUUCUUAUGGGUGUUAAGUGUCUGGCAUUUGUCUGAGACCUAUAUUUAUUAAGCAUUUAUAAGGUACCUAAUUAAAAAAAAAUAAUUUGAUACGAAAUGACAGAAAACCGUAAUCUAUCAAUGGAAGAUGCCAUGUUAGUGUGUAGAUAAGCAUGACAUGAGAGAAGCAAUCUGAUUAGCUGGUAGGCAUAGCAAUCAGCCGAUCUUCGAGGCUUGUAUUAUUGGGCCAAUGGAUCAGCCCUUCAUCUUUUUCUCUACUUUCUAUUGGGCAGCUAGAUAGACCCAGUCAUCUCAAGAGGUUUAAUAUCCAAGAAUUGCAUACCUUAAUUCUACUGAUAGUAGUAAUUACUCUUAAAAAGAAUAAUUUUUCUGCAAAAAGUUUUAGUAAGUCUUUUAUUUUUGGCAUUUUUCAAAUCGGGGUUCAAAUCUGAGUACCAGUACUUUUUUUUUAUGUAAUGGAUUAAAUUUUGGGCUUAAUUUCCCUCUAAAACUUACAUGAGCACUUGGUUAUGUCAAAGUUGUGUAAACCAGGGAAAUUAUUUGGUUAAAUAUUGGUCCAUUUUGGUAAACAUAUUAAAUAAUAAUGGGAUUCCCGAAUAUACAAUUUUUUUAAAAUGAUUGUCUGUUGUUGAUGCCUACAAAAUUAUAAUAUAAUUUAAUAGGUAAACUUGAGAACCUAAAUUGUUUUUCCAAUUUUUUUUCAUGUUUUGAAUUUUUAAAAAACUUGAUUCUGCUUUACAGUAUCCUAAAGCACUACAGAAGAAAUAGGGAUGAAGAAAAUGAGCUGAUGAAAAAUGUGGAAGGCUGGAAGACAGGUACCCUGUGGGGAGAACCAGUAUAUCACAAUGUCCGUAGCAGAUACAUUAAACCUUGUAUGGUAGAACUCAUUGCACAUAUGAGUUACUGGGACAAAAAUGACUUCGUGUAUGACAAACUUGAUAGAUAAGAAUUCUCAUUGUUUUGUUUUGAUUUUGAUCUUCUCUAUAGAAUAGGUUGGUUGAAGAUGACUGAGAAACACAUAAAUGUCGAACAGGUUGAGAUUUCAGUUAGAAAUUAUUUUUAACUCAAUACUUAUUUUAAUAUUGUUUUUCAAGCAACAAAUAAAGUUUGCCUUUUAUAUCCUAUAACAGUUUUAUUUUCAUUUCUGUCAAGUGAUAAAUUUGUUUGAUGGAAACUGCCUUUGCAAAAAAUUAUUUUCUGUUAUAAAAUAAUAGAAAGCCAUAAUUUAUUUUUGUACUGGGUACCACUGAUUCGUAUAAAUUGCCAACAUUUAAAUUUUACUCCUUUGUACAAAGAUGACACUGUCAUCUUGAAUUAUUUUAAUUUUACUCAAAUAUUAGUUUCAUAUUCCAUAAUCUUAACAUGAAAGGUAUAAAGUUGGUAAUGCAAUACAUCCAUAUACACAUAAGAAUAACCAAAAUAAACAUUGGAAAUGUGGGGAAAACCAGGUCAAUAUGAUACAUUAAAUGACCAUGACAGGAUGAGAUCUUUUAGAAUUUAGCCUCAGUUAUCAAAACAAUGGUCAAAAUGAUAUUGAAUGUACUUUUGUAAAUGGACAGUUUUCAAUAAAAUGUAAAUUAGAAAUAAGAGGUAUAUAAACAGAGUUGAGAAUUUCGUAAUGGACCUCAAAGACAUAAAUGAAGAUGGUCAUAGAUGAAUUAUCUGAUUAAGUUUAAGCUUGAUUGAAAAAUAAAAGAAAUAGACUGAAAGUACUGAA